AUGGCGUCUUCAUUCAGUUUUGCGCCGGCGCCCGGAACCGCCACAGGAUCUAUUUUCGGCGCCAGUGGCACGACAUCGUUGAACACUGCCAGCGCGCCUGCCUUCGGCACCGGUACCGGCACAUCGCUCUCUGGCGGCAUCGGACAGUUUGGCGCUCCAUCUACACCUGGUGUGGCGCCGACCUUCGGUGAUGCCGGUAAGGUUGGUGGCACCGCGUUCGGCCAAUCCGCGCCUGCUGUUGGCGCCGUCCCGCAGAAGGUCAACUCCCGUUGCACUGUGCGUCUGUUGACUCAGCUCAUACCGCAAUGGCGCGGUCACUUCGACGUGGCCGACCUCCUUCUGACUGCUCAUGAGAAGAACAUCGCGAAGGUGCGGCCCAUGGUCGAUCGGUUGGUGGAGCUGGAUGCGCAGUGCUGGCAAUCGCAUGACGAGAUCAAGAACUCGCUUAACGGUAUUAGUUUAUUACAAUCGAAGCUGCAGCAAGAAGUUAACGACCGCUGCAAGCGCCAGGAUGCGCAGAACUUGAUUUCUAUAAAGGCCAGGCGCCUGUCGGAGUCCCUGCGCCCUAACGAGACCCCUAGAGGAAGCAAGAUCUCGGCGAUGUUUCGCGUGCCCAACCACCUGCACGUACAGCUGACCAAGGAGCUGCUUGACAACAUCCGCUCAUGGCGUAACGAGAUCCAUGUGCUUAAUAUGGAGGUGUUGUCGCUGAAGGACAUCGACAUGUCGCAGUACGUGACCACGGUGAACCGCGUCCUCGGGAGUCAUGAAAAACGCAUCUCCGGCUUGGGAGACCGUCUCACCAAGGCGGUUCGUGGCAUGGAUGAAAGGCACCGCAACCGGGAUGACCUUUGGAGCGGCGUGGUCGACGAGCCCAGCGAGCUGAAGAGGGCUUUCCUGACCGCAGUGGGUCUUCCCAUCCGCCCCGCCGCAAACGAGGGAGAGCCGCAGGCAACCUCUAGCAGUGAUGUCGGCGACGAGAUCAAGAAGCAAAUUUCUUACCUGCGAAAGUUCAACACGGCGUUCCGUGAGACCGGCAGCUACAACCUUGACCAGUCCGCCUACAACAUCCGCGACAUUCUGCAGCAGCCCACGCAACCGCCUGCCACUUCGCAAUUCUUCGGCACAACACAGCCGUCGACCGGCUUGUUCGGCACAGGCGCACCAGGCACUUCCUCGACGCCCCUAUUUGGAGGAUCCACUGGUACCACGGGAGGCAUCUUCGGUACCACCGGUAGCAGCAACUUGUUCGGCGCUGCCUCUAAACCUGCAGGCACCACCAAUGUGUUUGGUGCUACGACUGGUAGCACCGGCACCAACCUGUUUGGCGGAUCGACAACUGCUACCACCGGGACCAACGUAUUCGGGGCCGGAACAACGGGCACUACGAAUGCUUUUGGAACUGCCGCUACUGGUACAACAGGCACAACAAACCUGUUUGGAACAGGUGCCACCGGCACCUCCACAACCACAGGUAUUUUCGGAUCGAGCUCCACUCCCACCUUCGGCCAACAACAGCAGACGACCACGACUGGUGGUGUGUUUGGACAACAGCCGGCUUCAUCGGGAGGCCUAUUCGGCCAACAACAACCAGCAGCAUCGGGAGGAUUAUUUGGCCAACAGUCCACGACGACCGGGGGGCUGUUCGGUCAACAGCAACCUGCUGCCUCCGGCAGUCUAUUCAGGCCACAGCAGCAGCCGAGCACAACUGGGGGCCUAUUUGGCCAGCAGCCAACUACAACCACUGGUUUGUUCGGACAGCAACAGCAGGCAAGCACGACUACAAACGUAUUCGGACAACCACAACAGUCCGGAACUACUACAGGGGGCCUCUUCGGCAACACGACCACGACGCCAUCUUCUACAUUCACAUUCGGCCAGCAAAACACCUUUGCCCAGCAGCCUAACACCUCAGGUGGUGGUCUGUUUGGCAGCACUGGCAGCUCUACAUCGCUGUUUGGUCAACAGAACACGGGUGGCCUAUUCGGGCAAUCCGGGUCGACCACCAGCUCGACCCAACCUGGCGGCGGUUCAAAGAGCACGGCCAUCGUGCCCUACACCCCUAACCCGCUUCUGCGUUGA